AUGGCACCCACGGCCACCGAAACCGAGUGGGAUCACCAGUUCAACACCCUGCGCCGUGAGAACCUCUUCCGAAACCCUCCCACAGACCACAGCGCCUAUCCCGCCCUUCAAUUAGCCGUCAACCCCCAUAUCGAAUCCUUCAAUGCCAUCUUUCGUGACGAUGGCAAGCCUGGUCUGUUGACGCAUGCCAUAGCCGAUAUUGGCACCAGAACUUUCCUUGAUGGCGACGACCGCGCCCCCUCAGACGGAAAGAACAUACUUACUGUUCGAUACAAGGACGUCUUCCUUCAGAAGCCUCAGGUCCCCCCUUCUAAUAAGCUGGCCCGGAACCGCCAAGUUUUCCCCGCCGAGUGCAGAGAGCGUCACGUCACAUACAGAGGAAGGCUCUCGGCUACACUCGAGUACCGCAUCAAUGGCGGUGACCCGGUCGAGUUCACUCGAGAAUUCGGCCAGGUUCCUGUCAUGAUCAAGUCAAACAGAUGCCACCUCGAAGGCAACUCACCUGCGCUGCUCGUCGAGAGAAAAGAAGAAUCCGAGGAGCUUGGAGGGUACUUUGUUGUAAACGGUAUCGAAAAAAUCAUUCGAAUGCUGCAGUUGAACAAGCGAAACUUUCCCAUGGCUAUCAACCGACCUAGUUUCCAGAACCGUGGCCCUGGUUACACUCCCUACGGUAUUAUUCUCCGUGCAGUCCGUCCCGACGAGACCUCUCAGACCAACGUUCUCCACUACCUCAACGAUGGUAACAUGACCUUCCGUUUCUCGUGGCGCAAGAACGAGUACCUCGUUCCUGUCAUGAUGAUUCUCAAGGCCCUGGUGGAGACCAACGAUCGCGAAAUCUUUGAGGGAUUGGUUGGUCCUGCUGGUUCCAAGGCAGCCGGAAACACCUUCUUGACGGACCGAAUCGAGCUUCUGCUACGCACGUACAAGUCCUACAACCUCUACAGCAAGUCGGAUACAAGGGCAUUUUUGGGUGAGAAGUUCCGAGUCGUUCUCGGAGUCCCAGACACCAUGACCAACUACGAGGUCGGCACUGAGUUCUUGCGCAAGAUUGUUUUGGUUCACCUUGGCAAUGUUGAUGUCACCGAAGAGCAAGAUAACGAGAAGUACAAGCUCAUUCUCUUCAUGAUUCGAAAGCUGUACGCCCUUGUCGCCGGAGAGUGCGCCGUUGACAACCCUGAUGCUGUCCAGAACCAGGAGAUUCUGCUUGGUGGUUUCCUGUACGGACAGAUCCUCAAAGAACGAUUCGACGAGUUCCUCAGCGUCAACGUUCGUGGAUCCAUGCGAGACUACUUCCGAAGGAACCCUGGUAUUCCCUUUACGUCCGAGGAAUUCCGCAAGGAGUUCCCCAACAACAUUUUCCGCAAGGCCAACGAAAAUCUCGGUAAUGCGCUGGAAUACUUCAUGUCAACGGGUAACUUGCAGAGUCAGUCAGGUCUCGACUUGCAACAAACGGCCGGUUUCACAGUCGUGGCGGAAAAGCUUAACUUUACGCGAUUCAUCAGUCAUUUCCGCAUGGUCCAUCGUGGUGCCUUCUUUGCCCAACUCAAGACAACAGCUGUACGAAAGCUGCUUCCAGAGUCAUGGGGUUUCAUGUGUCCCGUCCACACACCUGAUGGUUCUCCUUGUGGCCUCCUCAACCAUCUUGCAAGGAAAUGCUCGAUCACAACUGACUACCUGGACGUGUCCCAUAUCGCCACUCUUGCUGCCGAGCUCGGAGUUGUUGAUGUCUCGUCUGCUUCCACUGACGAAAACGUUGUCGUCAUGAUGGACGGCAAGAUUCUUGGAUACUGUACCCCCAAGGAGUCUGUCAGAAUCGCUGAUUGCUUCCGAUACUGGAAGGUAGAGGGCACCCACGGAGUUCCUCUGCAACUCGAGAUCGGUUACGUUCCCCCCUCCAGGGGUGGGUCUUACCCUGGUGUCUAUUUGACUUCAACGCCCGCAAGAAUGGUGCGCCCUGUGAAGUAUCUUCCCCUACAGAAGGAGGAUUGGGUCGGCCCUUACGAGCAGCCUUAUAUGUCCAUUGCUGUUGUGCCACAGGAGAUUGAGUCGGGCAAAUCAACCCACGUGGAGUUCGACCCCACCAACAUUCUCUCGAUUCUCGCCAAUAUGACCCCCUUUUCCGACUUCAAUCAAUCGCCUUGCCAGAUGGCGAAACAAACGAUGGGAACUCCUGGUACUGCUUCUGUAUAUCGCACAGACAACAAAAGCUACCAAAUUCAGACAGGACAAACACCUAUUGUUCGCGCACCCCUGCACAAUACUUAUGGAUUCGAUAAUUUCCCAAAUGGUUUCAAUGCGGUCGUCGCUGUCAUUUCUUAUACUGGAUAUGAUAUGGAUGACGCUAUGAUUCUCAACAAGAGCGCUCACGAGCGAGGUUUCGGCCAUGGUACCAUCUACAAGACGAAGAAGAUUUCACUAAAGGAUGACUCUCGAACAAAAGCCACCAAGAGCGUCACGAAAGCGUUCGGAUUUGCUCCUCAUAGUCAUGUGAGUGCCCACCACCAGGGUAUGUUGGACGACGAUGGUUUGCCUCACGUUGGUCGUCUGAUCCAGGAAGGAGACGUUAUCUGCGCCUGGCACACUGUGACUCCUGACUACAAUGGCAAACUGGUGAACCUCGACGGUAUUACUCAUUACGAGAAGUACAAGGACUCGGAAGAGGGUUUCAUUGAGACGGUGCGCUUGAUCGGAGCUGAGUCUGGCAACGAGCCCCUGCAAACAGUCUCUAUCAAGUUCCGAAUUCCUCGAUCCCCCAUCGUUGGUGACAAGUUCUCGUCUCGUCACGGACAGAAGGGUGUUGCUUCACAAAAGUGGCCAACAAUGGAUCUGCCAUUCUCCGAGACCGCUGGCAAGGCUGGCGCGCUACAUGGUCUGGCCCAAGACUCAACUCCUUUCAAAUUCGACGAAGAAAACACCGCCGGAGAUUACUUUGGCCACCAAUUGAUGAAGGCCGGGUACAAUUACCAUGGGAACGAGCCCAUGUACUCGGGUAUAACUGGAGAGGAGCUUCAAGCUGACAUUUACAUCGGAGUCGUUUACUACCAGCGACUCCGACAUAUGGUGAACGACAAGUACCAAGUAAGAACCACGGGCCCGGUUGUGCCGACUACAGGCCAGCCUAUCAAGGGUCGAAAGCGAGGUGGUGGUAUCCGUGUUGGAGAAAUGGAGCGUGAUGCUCUUCUGGCACACGGAACAGCUUUCCUGCUUCAGGAUCGUUUGCUGAACUGUUCCGAUUACUCCAAAUCGUGGAUUUGCCGCCGAUGUGGUUCGUUCCUUUCUGUGCAGCCCACAGUGUCACAGUUCGCACCGGGCAAGAAGAAGGCCCCAAGCAUCGUACGAUGUCGUGCUUGCGCAAUCAAGCUGGAUGAUGCGGACGCCGUGGACUUAACAGAGGUUCAGGGGGAGAUCUGGGAAGAUGGAUUAGGCAGUUCGUGGGUUGGUGGUGACCAAACUACGCAGGUUGUUGUGCCAGGUGCGCUCAAGUAUCUCGAUGUGGAGCUUGCGGCAAUGGGUGUCAAGCUCAAGUACCGAGUAGACCGCAAUGAUGAGCCUAGAAAGGGGCCGAUGAAGCCUAUGGCAUUGGAUGGCGUUCGGGUUGGAAAAUAG